AUGGCUGAAUGUCCGAUCAAGAAGUCCAACAUUGGUAUGGGCGGUACCAAGAACCGCGACUGGUGGCCAAAUGAGUUGAAGCUCAACAUCCUCCGCCAGCACACGUCUGCCACCAAUCCUUUGAACAAGGACUUCGACUACCCAACUGCCUUCAAGAGCUUGGACUAUGAGGGAUUGAAGAAGGACUUGACUGCGUUGAUGACCGAUUCCCAGGACUGGUGGCCUGCGGACUUCGGACACUAUGGUGGUCUGUUCAUCCGAAUGGCCUGGCACAGUGCUGGCACAUACCGUCUUUUCGAUGGCCGCGGUGGCGGUGGACAAGGUCAACAACGAUUUGCUCCUCUCAACAGCUGGCCCGAUAACGUCUCUCUCGAUAAAGCUCGCCGACUCCUCUGGCCAAUUAAGCAGAAGUACGGCAACAAGAUCUCCUGGGCUGAUCUGUACCUCCUUACCGGAAACGUGGCAAUCGAGUCUAUGGGCUUGAAGACAUUCGGUUUCGCUGGUGGACGUGCUGAUACUUGGGAGGCUGACGAGGCCGUAUACUGGGGUGGCGAGUCCACAUGGUUGGGGAACGAUAUUCGUUACGCAAACGGUAACGAGGGAAUGAAGGGAGAUGGUGUCAUCGAUGGUGACGAGUCUCAGAAGGAGCACAAGGAUAUCCACUCUCGCGAUCUUGAGAAGCCGCUGGCGGCAGCACACAUGGGUUUGAUCUAUGUCAACCCUGAGGGCCCUGACGGAGUUCCGGACCCAGUUGCUUCUGCCAGAGAUAUCCGCACAACUUUCGGUCGCAUGGCCAUGAAUGAUGAGGAGACUGUUGCUCUUAUUGCCGGCGGUCACUCAUUUGGUAAGACACAUGGAGCUGGUCCAGCUGAUAGCGUUGGCAAGGAGCCAGAAGCUGCCGAUAUCUCCUCCCAGGGAUUCGGCUGGGACAACAAGUACAAGUCUGGAAAAGGCCCAGAUACCAUCACCUCCGGUCUUGAGGUUACCUGGACUUCGACCCCAACUAAGUGGAGCAACAAGUACCUCGAGUACCUCUUCAAGUACGAGUGGGAGCUCACCAAGAGUCCAGCUGGUGCGAACCAAUGGGUGGCGAAGGAUGCUCCAGAAAUUAUCCCACACGCAUACGACCCAAACAAGAAGCAAAAGCCAACCAUGUUGACCAGUGAUCUCGCUCUCCGAUUUGAUCCCGAAUAUGAGAAGAUCGCUCGUCGCUUUGCUGCCGACCAGAACGCUCUUGGUGAUGCCUUCACUCGUGCUUGGUUCAAGCUUCUCCACCGUGAUAUGGGACCAAGAUCUCGCUGGCUCGGCCCCGAAAUUCCUUCCGAGGUCUCGAUCUGGGAGGACCCAGUUCCAACUGUCAAUCACCCAUUGAUCGACGAGAAGGAUGUUGCUGCUCUCAAGAAGGAGAUCCUCGGAUCUGGUAUUGAUGGUACCAAGCUGAUUUCUACUGCCUGGGCAUCCGCAUCCACUUUCCGUGGUGGUGACAAGCGUGGAGGUGCCAAUGGUGCCCGCAUUCGUCUUGCUCCUCAGAAGGACUGGAAGGUCAACAACCCGUCCCAGCUCAAGGAGGUUCUUGGCGCACUCGAGAACGUCCAGAAGAAAUUCAACGGCGCUGCAUCUGGUGGAAAGAAGGUUUCCUUGGCCGAUCUCAUCGUCCUUGGUGGUGUUGCCGCCCUCGAAAAGGCAUCUGGUGCUGCCGUUCCUUUCACACCCGGCCGUACCGACGCCUCGGCGGAACAAACCGAUGCCGAAUCUUUCGAGCAUUUGGAGCCAAUUGCUGAUGGAUUCCGCAACUAUGGCAAGUCAGACAGCCGUGUCACUACCGAGAAGUACCUCGUCGACCGAGCUCACCUCCUCACUCUUACCGCCCCAGAACUCACCGUCUUGGUCGGUGGUCUCCGUGCCCUGAACGCCAACUACGAUGGCUCCUCCAAGGGUGUCUUGACCAAGCGUCCAGGUCAACUCACCAACGACUUCUUCGUCAAUCUCCUCGACAUGAACACCGCCUGGAAGACCAUUGAUACCGACAACUUCGAGGGUGUCGACCGCAAGACCGGCGCCAAGAAGUGGACUGGUACUCGUGCUGAUCUGGUCUUCGGCUCUCACGCUGAGUUGCGCGCCAUCUCGGAGGUGUAUGCCAGCUCGGAUGCGCAGGAGAAGUUUGUGAAGGAUUUCAUCGCUGCGUGGGAUAAGGUUAUGAACCUGGAUCGCUUCGAUUUGACUGCUUCAAAGGAUAGAGCGAGACUUUAA